CUUCUCUGGUCAGAGCCCGAUGGCAGGGGUGAUAGGACGGAGACUCAGAGCUGAAUUUAUUUGUGUCUUCAACUUGUUUUAACACUCCGGAUAAGCGUCAUCAUGACUGGAUCUGCUCACCAGUUAGGCCUGCUGCACUAAUUGUGGACAUGUGCAUAACUUAAUUAAAAAAAAUGCGCUGAUAAAGUAACUAUGGCUUCGCACACUUGUUGGAACGAAACCGCCUCGCAGCAGGAAAGCGAGGUGAAUCCCGCGUUCCUGGUGCUCAACUGCGUCAUCCUCUCGCUCACCUUCGUCCUGGGCUUGCCUGCCAACCUGUUGGUUUGCUGGGUGGUGUUCAGAAACCAAAACCUCCAGACCUCUAACAACGCGCUGCUGGUCAGCCUGGCGGCCAGCGACCUCCUGAAGUGCUCCGUGGACACGCCGCUUUUCCUCUUCUCCUUCCUCAGCUACGGGAGACACCCGGAGGUGUCCGUGUCCCUGUGCGCCGUGCAGCGCUUCUCAUACGCGCUGUGCAGCUGCGUUCAGCUCCUCACACUGGUCAGCAUCAGCGUGGAGCGGUACCAAGCCAUCGCCUUCCCCUUCCGGACGCAACGGAGGAAAACCAGGGUGUGCAUUUGGAUCCCGUCCAUCUGGGUCUGCGGCGUCCUCUUAGCCGUCGUAUCGCUGGCUCUCUCAAAACAGGAGCUGUAUCACAUGCUCUGCCGCCGGUACCCUUGGGGGGAUGUGCCCGUUGAGACUCUCCGAUCUACGGAUCCGUUCGGGGCCUAUGUCCUGGUGCCUGUGUGGGGUUUCUCCUUGACCCUGAUCGUUAUUUACUACGCGCGAAUAUUCAAAGUAGUCCGGCAACACCGAAAGCGAGUCUACGACAACGGGAUCCAGCUGAGGCCAACAACGAAACAGGUGUGGAGGUGGUUCAGCUUCGCGGCUUCAGAACCGGGACCAGCUCCUCGUCGUACUCCUCCUCAGCGCCAUCACCUCAAGCUGCUCCCGGCAAUGUGUCGGCCUGCGUCCUGCAGCACGCCGCCGACCAGCCGUCUGAUCACCGUGGCCGAGGCGAGGACGUCCCGGGUCAUCAAGGGGAAGCCCCCGCGGAGCCCCCUUCCGGAGAUCGCAGGAGCGGUUUGUAUUCUGACGCCCCUGGCGAGAGAGCGCGGGAAGAAACGGAUGGAGGGGAAGCUGGCGCAGCGCUUCGGGUACAUCAUCAUCGUUUUCACUCUGUUCUGGGUGCCCAUGGUUGUGACCCUUUUGAUGAACAUCACCUCGUGGCAGAACACCAACUCACUGGCAGUGGAGCUGGAGACAUCUGCCAUGGUGCUGACCAGCGUGCCGGCCGCUGUAGACCCGCUCAUCUACACCAUGGUGACCCGGCAGUUCCGCUCCGAGCUGAAUAAGAUCCUCUCCUCGCUGUCGGUCUUUCCGCGGAAGUUUAAGGGUUGAACGACCUGUUUUUAAUUCACAUUAUGCAUUGACUUAGGCUACGUCUAGUUUAGUCUGCACCUCUUCUACUGAGACAGAGUGGCUGCUGUUGCAAUCAUCAUAUGAUUGCUGAGGGCAAUCAUAUGAUGACCGUAACUCUCUCUCUCUCUCUCUCUCUCUCUCUC